AUGUCGAGCGAUCCCAAGAAAACGUUGGCGGAAUUUGAUAUCGUUCUGGUAUGCGCCAGUUCGUCUAAUUUACGCUAUAGGUGUUUCGGAUUGGGUAACAAUUUUUCCUAUGUCAUCAUGUUGUCCGCGGCGUUGGAUAUAAUCAAGAAACAAGAGCAUUCUGGAGCGGAAUUACAACUUCGCAAAUAUCAUAUCAAUUGCACGGAAACCGGUACAGGCGUGAGUGGCUCGUUUUCUGUAUUCUUCAAUUGUGUCGCUUCGAUUGCAGAGUGUACUGCUUGCUGA